GCAAUCUUAAUUUUUAGAAGUGAUUACUCUUUAGGGAUGAUCGCAUUAAUUACAACGAUCCUCGGAUUUAGUAGGAUACAUGUUAUCGCAGAAGAGAAUAGCCAAGUGUAUUCAUCAUUGACAUUUAUUUGCGUGGACGGCACCAUAAUGCCAUUAGCGAACAUUUGCGAUGGUAUCCCUCAUUGUCCGGACUCGUCGGACGAAGUCGGAACACUUUGCCGUCAUGUUGUGUGUCCCACUUAUAUGUACAGAUGCAAUUACGGUGCCUGCGUGAGUCGUAUUGCGCGAUGCAAUGGUCUGGUAGAUUGUAUAGACGCUAGCGAUGAAAUCGCUUGUGGCCGAGGCGCUAAUGAUAUUUGUUCCGACAGAGAUUUCCAAUGUUCUACUGUUUAUCAAGAGUGCAUACCUUUCGCCGAAGUGUGCAAUGGCUACAAAGAUUGUUCAGACGGGAGCGAUGAGAGUGCGACAUUUUGUCGGGAAUAUACAUGUCCUGAGCAUACGUUCCGUUGUUCGUACGGAGGUUGCGUUCAUCAGGAAGUGGUUUGCGACGGCGUGAAGGAUUGCGUCGACGGCACCGACGAAGACUCGAGCAUGUGCGCGGCUGUCAAUUGUGAGGGUCACGAAUGUUCGCAAUACGAAUGCCGAGAUCAAGAAUUCACAUGCGAGAAUAGACGGCAAUGUCUACCGAUGACUAAAGUGUGCGAUGGUACUCGACACUGUGCAGAUGCGUCUGAUGAAAGUGCAAAACUGUGCGAAGCACGUGAAUGUCCUGAAAAUUGGUUUCGUUGCGCUUACGGCGGAUGCAUUCGGCCGGAGUUGAAGUGUAAUUCUCAACUUAAUUGUCACGACUGGAGCGACGAGGAUGAGUCGUUAUGCGGGAUAACGUUGCCCGAAGGUGCCUGUCGAUUGCCCGCCGCAAAAGUGGGGACCCAUUACAACGUGAGCGGAUGCUCCAGAUGUCGACCGGGAGAAGUCGUUCCCGAGCUCACUCGUCUUGACUACGUCUGUGACGUCGAAGGCUCCUUGCAAGGUGCCAGUGAAAUUUACUGUCAAAAUAAUCGAUGGUUUCCCAAUGUUCCGAGUUGUACGUUCAAGAAUGAGACGAAAGGAAUAACGUGUCCAGCGCCGUCUGAGGCGCAUGAUACGAUUAGACAAUGCGAGGCGAUGUGGGGUCCUCACAAAGGGUGGUUGUCUUGUGACCAGGCCCUCCCAGUUGGCACGAGAGUUUUUCUUGAUUGUCCAGCAUUUUAUGAGCGUCACAAAGGAUCUUCCAGUGUCAUGUGCCUUCACGACGGCACAUGGAGCCAAUCACUUUUGAGUUGUACUCCUGUCUGUGGGAUGAGAGACUCCACAGCGGCAGCACUAAUUGUAAAGGGUUGGAGCGUUGAAAGGGAAGAGAUACUACCGUGGCAAGCCACUCUUUUCUCGCACGAGGAUGGUCAGUGGAGUUUCUUUUGCGGCGGCACAUUGAUAGCAGAACGCGUUGUGUUAACUGCAGGUCACUGCGUUUGGAAGACUGCUGCAGAUACGAUACGUGUCGCUUUCGGGAUUCUCUCGAGUGACUUAAAUCAAAUAGGGGAAAACGCGCAAGUGAUCGACGUGGAAAGCAUCGAGUUGCAGAACGCGUAUCAAGAUCAUGAAAGUAACUAUGGUUCGGAUAUCGCGUUGCUGAUUUUGAAAAAAGCUGUAACUAUUAAUACGGUUGUCGGACCAGUUUGCAUUCCUUGGAAUUCCGAUGCGAUAUUACUGGAAUAUCAACGAAACAAUGGGCUUGGAUUAGUUGCCGGUAUGGGGCUAACGGAGAACGACACAUUUAGUUCAGUCUUGAGGAUAACUACAGUGAAAAUCAUUCCUGACGAUGAGUGUCGUAAAAACCAAAAUAGAGAUUUUCGAAAAUAUUUGACUUACACUUCCUUUUGCGCCGGAUGGGCGAAUGGUACUGGAGUAUGCAAUGGAGACAGCGGUGGAGGUUUGGUACUUCAGCGACCGAAUUCCAGUGUCUGGGAAAUUCACGGAGUCGUUUCUGUGAGCCCACGAAAAUUGGGUACCAACGUAUGUGAUCCGAAUUUCUAUGCUGUUUUCACAAAGGCUUUUCAAAUAAAAACUCGGAAAAGUGGAAUACGAGUGAGUCCUGGAUUAAGUAUAACAACAUAUGUAACUUACACAUUCAAAAGAGCAUCUAUAUUGCGUGCAAUAAUUCCGAUUGAGAUCAAUGGAAAGAUUUUCGAUUAUCACGUAAUAUCUACUUUAGCCACCGAAUAUAUCAACAUCGAACCGAAGUCAGUUGACUUUGGCACUAUCGAUGUUGGCUAUCCAUCCACUUUAAAAAUAGUAACAAUUCGUAACGAAGGAAACAAAAGUACCAGAUUUUCGAUCGAUCUCUGGCAAAAUGAUCUAGACUUAAUGAUAAAACCUCGUCGUGGAAGAAUCAAACCACAUAAAGAAAUAAUACUUCAAAUUAAAUUAAUGAGCAGAAACGAAGGCAUCUUUUAUACCGAAUUUUGGAUUAAAUCUACUCCAAAUAUACGCGUUCCCAUCAAAGUGCAUGUAAUCGUGCCAAAAUUAGUAGUUUAUCAUCCGAAUUCAACUGGAGAUUUUACCCUCAUCAAUUUUCCACCUACGAUAGAAAAUACCUGUAGGUUCGAUACUUUUGUCCUGCGUAAUCUUUCGUCUCGAGCAUCCAGUUAUGUUGUUCUUGGUGAAAUUGAUAACGAAGUAAAAUGCAUUCCGGAUAUCGAUCGCAAACAACAUCCAACUUAUAGUAUCUUUGAAAUUCAUCCGUUUGAAGGGCGAAUAGGUCCAUUUCAAGGUAUCAUCCUUGAAGUAAGAUUUUCACCAAUAAAUAUAUUAUCGCAACGAAGAAAAGAGCAAGAGCAAAAGCAAUGGAGAAAAUGUGAAAAUAAAUAUCCAAAUCAGAAGAAUACAGAUUUCAUGCAAUUUAUUAGAAUAGUUAGGGUACAAUGUAUCGAAUCGGAAAUUAUCACGAGGAUUGAUCCUAUAAAAGAUAUUUCAAUGGAUAAUUUCACAAAACAGUAUCACAAAACAAUAUCACAAAAAAUUUAUAUACAAGACCCAAUGGAAAUUUCAUCCGUGAUAAUGUCCUACACAUCAAGUAUUGAUUCAGAAAUCUAUGACGCAGUAAAGCUUUAUCUUUACGGUGAAGUGGAAGCGAUACAAGUACAUUUUGAACCUGAUAUUCUUUAUUUUGGAGACCUAAUUGUCGGCCAGAUAUCGCAGCGCGUGCUUCGUCUGACAAAUCCUUCUGCCGUUGCACCGAUAUAUCUAGAAUGUGCGCCAAAUGCGGCUGUACGCUGCUAUCCGAAGUGGAUGAAACUUAUGCCAAAAACGUCGACCGAAGUUCUUGUUAAAAUUUGCGGCAAAGAAAGCAUUGAACCUUCCUUCAAAUUGUUCUUUAAUGUCGCAGCAGAUUCUUAUGAUUCGAUUGUAUCCAAACGAUGUUUCGGUAGAAGAAAAAUUGGAAGUUACUUUAUUGUAUGCACGGUGAAUAUUAUUUUCAAGUCCAAAAAGGGACUUUUAAGUAGAAAAAGUUUGCCAAUAAAAAAAAUUGACGAAGACGAGGAAAUUAUGAAUCGCCUUUUAAGUUUACCCAAAUGGAAGCUGUUAUAUAAAGAUUAUUCGCAAAUGUGUAAAUUUACAGAAAACGUAAAAUCUUCGCUCAAGAAAUCGAUUUUCGCAACUAAGGCAGCUGUACUAAUACCUUUAUCGCCUUUACAAAUAUAUAAAGUCCACAUUUAUCCAACCACUUUCGUCCACUUUGGAAUGGUAGCACCGAAUAGUUUCAACUAUCGUCGUUUGGUUGUAAAGAAUACGAACGACAUUCCAGUGAUGAUACAAUUAGUAGCUAUGUCAAACAAGUACAUCUACUUUCCGGAAGGUGAUUCAAUGCUCUUACAACCAGGCUCGACGAUGACCAAAUUAGUCGAGUAUUUUGCGGACAAAGUUUGCGGCAAAUUUAAUGGACAUAUCAAUUAUGUGAUUAAUCAUAAUCACUCUUUCGAGCUCAAUAUUACAGCUUCCAUUGUUCGCAAACAAUUGUAUGUCGAUAAUAAAGAAAUUGAACUUGGGAAAGAAUGGUCAAGAGGAGAAGUUUAUCAACCAAUAACUUCUAUUGUUCGAAUUAUAAAUAAAUUGAAUGCGAAAGUAUGCUUUAGGUGGGAAAUACCAGCGAUGUCUGGAUUCUAUAUAGAACCGAAAUCGGGUUCCGUGCGGAGUAACGCUACUUUAUACGCUUACGUGUACUACGAAUACAAUAACAUGAAGGAUAAUUACACUCCAGCGAUACUGAUAUGCGAGAGCGGAAAUCGCUUGUCUCUGCGAUUUAGCGCACCGCGAUUUGUGCCGAAGGUUGGAUUCGUAAAUGACAUCACGAAUCUCGGGGAAAUACCUCUCAAUUUGCCAACGAAGGUGAUCGCCGUUCUCCAAAACUUUGAAUUCACCCAGGUGACGUAUGAGGUGGAUAGCGCUUUAUUGAUACGCGGUUGCAACGUUAAUCCACUGCGAGGGAAAAUAUCUCCGCGCGGUAUUGCAAUUCUUGAGAUAUAUCUUACAUUCGACGUUUGUUGUCGCUUUACUACCGUAAUUGCCGUUACGAUUCAAGAGUGCCUACAGUUACUGUAUAAGAUAAAUGGCAAUGUGUCAUUUCCGCGAUUGAAGCUCGUGCCGCAACGAAUAGACAUAAAACGUCUCAGAAUCGAUGCUCUUCAAACUCACCAGAUAACAGCCACGAAUAUUGGGACAACGUUAUUGAAACUCCAAGUUUUGUUGGAAGAAUAUCCCGAGUUUCGCGUUUCUCUGUUGGCAAAUGACAGGAGUUCGGAAAUAGGUACGGAAGGGAUAAUCAUCGUCCCAGGUACAAGUCAAAACCUCUAUUUGCAUUUUCAACCAGUCGAUUUAGCCAGUUGCGCUUUCUAUCUGCCGAUUGUGAUAAAUGAGCUGCUUGGUCCAGUAUCGAUGUUGCAUCCUAAAAGCAUUCGGCCAGCAGAAAUUUUGAAAUCGCAUGAAGCUCAUUACAUGCACUUGUCAGGUUUUUCCAUGACGACGUUACCUGAUAAACUACCAACUGUAUCUAUCGAUUAUACCGUGACUGACCGCAUUAUUUUCUUCAGCAAACUUUUGUUUCGAUUCAACGCUUCGACUAACAAAAUAAAUUCGAUUUGGCAAAGGUCAAUUAACGAUCGCAUCGUUGUCCAGUGGGCAGCUCAAGGAGAAUGCGUUUGCUCAAAUCAGCGAAGCGGCGUAAGAGAUUCUUGCCCAUUUAAUAUCAGCAUACCUAUACCAUCCUGUAAUGAUCAGCUUCGGAGAUGUGUAACUGAAAUGUUUAAAAAAACUCUCGAACCGCGAGAACACCUAUUCUGGUCCAAAUACUCGAAUACUUACCUCGAGCUACGAUUAAUAAAGUGGUUGAUGACAAGUGACAUUGAUUCUGCAGCUCUAGAAUUUGUGCAUGUUUUUAACACCGCAGUGACAUAUAAAGUUACAAUUUCGGAUAAAUCAAGUCCUCUUAUUUUACCACAAUAUUUUACUAUACAAGGUAAGUAA